CUACUGCUAGGCUAGGGCCAGGCUGGGGGCUGCUGAUCUGGAUCACUUUCUACAUGGGUCUAAAGACUAGAGUGUAGACUACUACAAUAUUUAAUGUUUCAACUACUCUGACAUAUAAUUAAAUUAUCUAGCAGUAGUAAGGCGUCUUCUCCUAUAUUAUUGUUAUACCAAUAUGAGGAUCUGUUUAUAGAUCUACGAAAAUUUAGCGAAGAUUGGGUGCUGAAACGUACAAUUAAGAAUUGAGAUGGAGAAUGGAACAGAUCGGAUGGAGACUGUGCUCCAGGAUGUGAAAGAGAAGUCAGAUUUGGCAGAGAACUCUGAGACAGAAAUGGAACUGGAGGAAGCACUGGAAGAGUUUAGCAAUGCCAUUGAUAGUUCUAUUGAAAUGCUAACGGAAAUUCCAGAGCAUGAAGAUGAAGCUUUUAAAGCUGUCCGAUUCAAUGACCUCACAAUGAUAGUGAGACGCUUGAACGAAGGGUUCCAUGUAAAUUCUCCACAUGUUGAACAUGAUGGAGAUAAAGUUUUCACAGUCAAGGACUGGACGAGAAUGGUCCGUCAGCUCAGACUGAAGGAAUACACACUUCUUCACGUUGCUGUGAUUCAUAGUGAAAUAAAGGUGAUAAGGUUCCUGCUGUCUCGUGGCGCCAACGUCAACGCUGUUGAUGUCAAUCUCAUUAGCCCGCUUGCCCUUGCUGCAGCCAUCCAAAGACCUAUUGUUGUCAAGUUGCUCCUAAAACAUGGUGCUGACCCUAACAUACAGAGUGUAAGUGGCCGCACACCUUUGAUUCAGGCUGUCGGCAACAACAAUUUUGACAUUGUGGAGCAACUGGUAAAAGCAGGAGCUGACCUUGACCUUGCAGAUACAAAGGGCACGACCCCACUGUUCACUUGUUUCACCAUUACUCGAGACUUUGACGAUCGUAUUACACAGGCGCUGAUCAAAGGUGGUUGCCAGAUUGACUACCAGAACAAGCAGGGAGCCACGCCACUCAUGAUGGCGGCGGGUCUGGGCAGGAAAGAUAUAGCGGAAAUGUUGCUGCAGGCAGGGGCUGACAUAAAUCACACAGACAAGGCAGGAAAAAAUGUAUUUCAUAUGGCCCAAGGACAAAAGACGGCCCUUUUCUUAAUAAAUCAUGGAGCAUCUUCUGAUACGCGAGAUAAGAAUGGUAAACGACCCCUGGACCACGCAGCAAGGGUCGGCCACAUACCUAUGCUGCGACUCCUGCUUAGCUCAGAUUGUGAAAGAUCAACCACCAUCCUGGAUGUCCCGCGUGUGGAGCAGGCUCGCUGUCAGGUUCCUGUGUUCAACGUGUGGCUUCAGCAUGAACUCGGCAACCCCCGCGAUCUGAAGCGCUUGUGUCGACAGACAAUCCGCAGUGCCAUGAGUCCCCUGAACACAAAGUAUAUCAACUCUCUGCCUCUCCCGCAACUGCUGAAAGACUUUUUGUUGGCCAAGCGCAUUGACUUAUCAUUCUAGAUCUGUUGUGAAGGAGAGAUGUCACUGCUAUGAUGAUCAUAAAGAUCAUAAUAACACGGAUGGGUUACCUGUGGGGUGAAAUAUUUCCACUGGAAGUGUGUGCACAAGGGCUUUGCUUUACAACAGAAGUUACCUCACUGUCAGUGUCUUUUUAUAGGUUUAACUCCCUUUCAAUUCUUUAAGCUUAUCUAAAAGGCGGGACCUUUGAAUUUAAUAUCCAUAUCCCACAGGACCAAGUUAAAUGGGUGAAGAGCCUUAAAAACUCGCCAAAUCCCCCAAAUAGUUCAGAGCAUCCCUUUGGGGAUUCAAACCUAGGCCGUCUGCUUUGUAUUCCAGCAUGGUACAAACUGAGCCAAGGACUCCUCCAGCCUCACUUUACCCAUACUAAUUCAUCAAUGACAAAAAAAAACAGUCUCCUCCACCGUCCCCAUCAGUUUCCUAGGAGCUUGAUCUAAAGACAAGAUUUAUUACUUUGAAAGAAGUCACUGUGUGGGGAUUUGGGAAUGGGCAACCCUCCCCCCCCCCCACCUCAAUUUUAGGGGUCAACGAAGUGAGGUAACAGCCUAUUAUUGUCUAAAGUGGAGCUCUCCCCUCGCUGCACACUAUGUGGUGAUCAGGUUAACUUUCAUUCAUCAAUUGUCACAGCUGGAGUAGCGUAUGACAUUGAAGUUCUCUAAAGACUUUAGGAGACUGCAAAAUCUGUUGGUUUCUCAAAGACAUGUCUCUUCAAGUGUUAUGCGCCUCAGCUGUCUUUUUGCCCGUUAUUGGGUGAACAGGUCUUUCACUGGUAUACCUUUUCUAUGAUAAUAUGUUGCUUUUGUACGUUUCAAUUCGCUUCUGAAGUUUUCUUAAUCUUGCAAAAUACGUGGUAAGAAUUCAGCGAUUUAAGAAUAAGUAUUAAAGCUGUAGCAUUCAGCUUUUCUUUUGUCGCAUAUUUGUGAUAAAGCAGUUGUUUGUUGCUAUUGACUUCAUAAUAAAGAUGAAGUGAUAUGAUGUUAAA